UCUGAGAGCCGUCUGCUCUCCGUCUCCGUCACAGACUCUGUCAGGCUGCUGGGGGGGGACCAGUCUGUGCUCAGGUAGACUGGAGGUGAACUCUGACCCGUCUAACCCGUCCUGGUCCUCAGUGUGUGAGGCUGACUUUGACCAGCAGGAUGCUCAGGUGGUCUGCCGGCAGCUGGGCUGUGGGGCUCCUUCAGUCCUCCAGGGGGCGCGCUAUGGAGAAGGGGAGGCUCCAAUGGGGACCAAAGAGUUCCAGUGUGGAGGCCAUGAGUCUGCUCUCCUGGACUGUAGCUCAGCCUCAGAGAGAAACACCUGCUCACCUGGCACAGCUGUUAGCCUCACCUGCUCAGAGCCUGAUGAGGUCAGACUGGUGGGAGGAGAGAGUCGCUGUGCAGGAGACCUGGAGCUGAAACAUCAGGGAGGAGAAUGGAGACCAGUGGGGGGCUUGUACUCUCUCUGGACCCUGAAGGCAGCAGGUGUUCUCUGCAGAGAUCUCGACUGUGGCUCUGCUGUUUCUGUGGAAGAGAGAGAGUCCUCAUGGAGAUCUGUGUGGAGGAUCAGCUCUGCCUGUGUUCAGUCUGGAUCUGCUCUGAGGGAGUGUGCAGGAUCAGCUUCCUCUUCCUCCACCGUGAAUCUCACCUGCUCAGAGCCUGAUGAGGUCAGACUGGAGGGAGGAGAGAGUCGCUGUGCAGGAGACCUGGAGCUGAAACAUCAGGGAGAAUGGAGACCAGUGGGGGGCUCUAACUCUCUCUGGACCCUGAAGACAGCAGGUGUUGCCUGCAGAGAGCUGGACUGUGGCUCUGCUGUUUCUGUGGGACAGAGAAUAGAGUCCCCAGGCAGAUCUGUGUGGGGGAUCAGCUUUGACUGUGUACAGUCUGGAUCUGCUCUGAGGGAGUGUGCAGGAUCAGGUUCCUCUGACGACAUCCUCAAUCUCACCUGCUCAGAUCUGCUGUUUCAGCCCAACAUCUCUGUGUCCUCCUCCACGUACGGGGUCUCCGGGGUCCAGCAGCAGGGGUUCCAGGUGUUCAGAGGCUCCACCUUCACCAUCAGCUGCUCCAUCCAGCCACAGUACCCAGGAGGCUCCUUCCAGCUCAACUUCACCUCCAUCAACUCAGCAAACAAAUACUACUCAGAGCCAGCUGUCAAUCACUCUGCCCACUUCCUGUUUCCUUCUGCAGAGCCCGCCCACCAGGGAAGCUACAGCUGUGUUUAUCACCUCUUUGUUUUUUCUCAUAACUUCUCCUCUGAGAGCCGUCUGCUCUCCGUCUCCGUCACAGAUCCAGGACCUUUUAUCAUCCGAGCCGUCGUCCUGCUCCUGACUCUGCUGCUGGUGACCGUCGGCCUUUACUUCUACUGUAAGGCCACCAGGGGGCGGAGGCCGAGCCGACUGGAGGACAUUGAGCUGGAUUAUGAGGACAUUGAGCCGGUUUAUGAUAACCUGGAUAUUCCUGCAGAAGAGGAAGGAGCUCCGGGAGCAGAGUAGCAGCUCCAAAGACCUCGGGUGUUUCUCAAUCGCGAGUACGCUUGCUUGGUAGCACAUGUCUGCCGAGCAUCUUGCUUCAGAAGCGAGUC